CAGUUUUUUAUUUUUUUCUAGAGCAAUAUACACCUCAGGCUGUUGAGACUGCCUUUCAGAGAGGACAGUGGAGGACAGAAAAUAUUUUAACAAGAUGUCUCUUGCUGAUUUUUGGAUAGUGCUAUUGGGUUGUUUAUCCCUGUGUCAUGCAGCACCUACCAUUGCACCAACAAUUUCCUCAGAGGAUGAAGCCCUGGCCAAGAUUUACCUUUCCAGGUUCUAUGACGAUGUUGGAAUGACGAACGUCACAACGCGGAGCUUAAUUAGCAACAUCACCGAAGAUCUGGAAGCCAUGCAGGCCUUCUUUGGCCUGGAGGUGACCGGCACUUUGAAUAAUGAGACUGUGGAGGUGAUGAAGGCACCGAGGUGUGGCGUGUCAGACAUCAGCAGAUAUGGACACUUCGCUGGGAAACCCAGAUGGCAGAAGAGGCUUAUUACUUAUAGGAUUACUCAGUACACUCCAGAUCUGAGCCGGAGUCAGGUGGACGCAACCAUCGGUAAGGCCUUCAAGCUCUACAGCGAUGUCAUCCCACUGGAUUUCAAACAGGUCUACAGUGGUACUGCAGACAUCAUGAUCCUCUUCAAAGGCGGAUAUCAUGGGGACUUUUACCCUUUCGAUGGGGCUGGUGGAGUCUUAGCUCAUGCUAACUCUCCUGGACAGGGUCAGGGAGGAGACACACACUUCGAUGAUGACGAAAGGUGGACUCUAACCCAAAGAGGUGUGAAUCUGUUGCUGGUGGCUGCCCAUGAGUUUGGCCAUGCUCUGGGCCUGGAUCACUCCAGAGACAGGCGGGCACUGAUGUUCCCUACCUACCAAUAUGUGAAUACAAACGGAUACAGACUGCCUGAUGAUGACAGACGUGGCGUUCAAGCUCUGUAUGGCAGCCGUACCCCAGUGCCCACAACAAGGCCUAAUCCACCUCCUCGUCCAGAACCUGAACCAGAGCCAGAAGAACCAACUGAGGAUUCAAGGCCAGACCCUCUGCCCAACCCCAAAGAUGAGCAGUGUAGCCGUCAGCUGGUGUUUGACGCUGCUACAUCCAUCAAGGGAGACCUAUACUUCUUCAAAAAUGGAUACUACUGGAGGAAGAGUACAAGUAACCCAGGAAUCCGUUUAACCAGAGUAUCCGCAAAAUGGUCGCGAAUCAACCGUGUCGACGCUGCAUUUGAAGUCCCACGAGAGGAUGUGGCAUAUUUGUUUGAAGGUCGCCAAUACUGGGGUAUAAGAGCACGUACAAAGACUUUGCUGUCUGGCUAUCCAAAGCCUAUCACCAGCCUUGGCCUCCCCUCUUCAGUCAGUAAGGUGGAUGCUGCAGUCCAUGUGCCAACUACUGGAAAAACACUAUUUUUUGUGAAUAACAAAUAUUGGAGCUAUGAUGAAGCCCGAAACCAAAUGGACUACGGAUAUCCACGAUACAUCACCCAGGAUUUCCCAGGAAUUGGCUCAAAAGUAGAUGCAGCCUUUGAGAAUUAUGGAUAUUUGUAUUUCUCAAAUGGCCCCAGACAGAGUGAGUACUACCUUCCUUACAGGAGAGUGAUGCGUGUGCUGCUGAACUACGGCUGGCUCAACUGUUACUGAGAACCCACAACAACAUUUCAAAUGUGUAGUUAAUUUGCAUGGAAGAGUCGUGACAAUAAGAGUGUUGCACGUUUUUAUGAUGCUCUCAGAGACAGAUGUUUUUUUUAGCCUAACUCCUGCCUAGCCAUUGAGUUAGAGCACAACAUAGCAUGCUCAAACUGAAUCAAAGGUCAGUGAAAGAUUAUUUUUCGAUCAAUUCUGCAAAUAACCUUUGACCCAAUGUUUAUGGAACUUGCAAGAACUGAUGAUAAUAAACGUAUUUGAUGAGA